AUGUCUGUCAUCGAGGAAGAGCCCGCACACAUGCGUGAAUCGCGCCUAGGAGAACUAGAAAAGCUUCCAGACCAGGAAUCGAAAAAAUUUUCGCCUUCGCCACGGGUAGGAACAGGUCCAGAUUCCUCGGUAUAUAGAUCAGAGACGGCCGUUAGGUCUUCUGGAAUAGCUUUGAGCUCUCCAUCGACAGAAGCCUCAUCCAGUGAGGACGUUUAUCCCACCCCAAAAAACUUGCGAGCAGUCAAGGGACCACGUCGUACCUCGCGCCUAGACUUUAGUCAAAAUUCCACAGCAGAGCCCCAAAGCAGACAUCAUUCUUCUCCCACCAGACACGAACGUUCCCCUCGCCAUAGAAAGCUUCCUAUUCAUGAAAAGCAAUCAGAUCCAGAGUACGUGCCUCGCAUCAAUUCGAUCACGACAUCUUCAUCUGAGGAAGAAGAUGUUUCCAAAAACCAGCCGCAAAGACUACCUCGCCGCCAUGCAGGUCCGCAUUCCCGGAACCGCACUAAAUCAUCUUCUAUUCCUUCAAGAGAGUCCUCGGUUCCUCAGACACGUGUGCGCCGUCAGACACCCAGCCCACCGCUUAGCUCGCCAGAUGAGGCCCCACGAAUGAAGAAGCCGACUAGGCUGGAUUCUAUACACUCGCCUUCCCCGGAAGACGCAUAUGAAUACCAUCCGCGAGAAGCGGCUCGUCAAGCCCCGAGAUUACAGCCCAAUUUGCGUGUGAAAACCCGCUCAAAAUCAUCAACCAUGCUGCCACCGUUCCGAGAACCAUAUGCUGAGCGUGAACUUGCGCAUGUCGAAGUGUCUCGCAUGAGCUCUGCUCACCAGGCCGAAGAGCACAUGCACCGCCGAAUGCCCCGUCAGGUUUCUCCAAGGAUUUCUUGCAAGGAUCAUAGGUCCAAGUCGUCUCCGUCGCUGAGCACGUCACCGUUCAUAUCGGACAUCGAUAUGAGCGAGGACCGACAGACUCGAGUAUAUGAGCACUCGAGUCCUUCAUUGGUACAUCGUUCAACAGCAAUUUCUAAACCGAGAAUGCAGACCCAUAUUAGCUCAGAACGUCGUCAAGCGGCUUCGUGUAGGGGAGUCAAAGUGCCUUUGAGCCCAACGGAAACAGGACCUUCUGACUUAAAGGAUCAACACCAUGGAACGCUACUUCCAAAUCGAGAUUCUAGGCGUACUCGAUCGACGUCUCUUCGUCAAAAAAAAUCGUUGCAAUCUGAUUUUAUCGAAGACUCGAUUCUUCGAUCUGCUUCAGCCUCCAGUUUAUCUUCGCAAGGAUCUAUGCCUUCACCUCACACGAGCGUACCACAAAUCCCCUUACGCCUUCGCCAUUACGAAGGCCGAUUCUCUAAUCGACGAAAGCAAACGCUUUUUUACUUCUCUCUGUUUCCGGCAGAAAAAAUGCCAAUGCGCGGAGUUGUUGUCAGUCUCCAUGGCAUUGGUGAUCACUGCCGUCGAAAUGUAAAAUUAUACGAGCGUCUAUGCAGAGAAGGAUUCGGAGUGAUCACGUACGAUUUGCUAAACCACGGUGUGAGUGACCUUGACCAGCACAAAAUUCGUGCGCAUAUCAGCAAUUUUAGCCAUCUUGUGGACGACACAAACGACUUUAUCACGUUUGCGAAACGGUUCAUCUACAAAGAUGCACUUCGGUAUUGGCGAAUGCAAUUCGGCGAUCACGGACAGGAAGACGAAUUUGGUGUGUAUUCGCAGCCUGAACUUCCUUUAAUAAUUGCUGGCACGUCCUUUGGCUCCCUCGUUGGUAUUCACACCGUUUUGGCUGGUGAGCACAAGUUCGAUGGUGCAGUGUGGGGCUCCCCAACGUUAGGUAUCACCUGGAACCCAUUACUUUGGGCGGAGUCGAAGCUUGCAAAGCCACUUGCAGCAAUUUUACCAACGGCGAAAGUUGUGCCUGCAGUUCCUCUAGAACGGCUGUGCCGUGAUCCCAAAUUUUUGAGAAGGUUCAAGGCUGAUCCGCUUACAUCAAUGGACAUGAUGACAUCUCGCACAGGCCACGAGUCACUACAAGCAAUGAUUCAGCUGGAAGAUGACAAGCGGGUGACUAACCCUAGCAGUGCUUUUUGCGCGGUUCCGACACUCUUCCUGGCUGGAUCAGCCGAUAGCAUUUCCGACCAUCAGGCAGCCAUUAAAUUUUUCGGCAUGAUGGGAAACUUUGACAAAGAAUUUAAGCUAUUUGAUGGCCUAUUCCACUUGGUUUACGAGGAGCCCGAAAAGGAAGAUGUUUUUCGGUACCUAGCAAGGUGGUUGCACCGUCGGUUUCCUGUUGAAAGUUGCCAGUGA